AUGAAACUCUCAGAAAAAUUGAUCUAUGUAGAAUUUUUGAUGAUAAUAAUGGCGAUGUGGGUCGUGCCCAUUGCCAUGAGUUACGGUCAUGUAGCCGAAGUACCCGAGACAGCUGAGGCACCCGAGAUCAGUGGUUCAGCCAGAGGCAGGUCAUUCGACACUAAUUGGUAUGAUGCACGAGCCACAUUUUACGGUGACAUCCAUGGUGGAGACACUCAACAGGGUGCUUGUGGAUACGGUAAUCUAUUCAGACAAGGCUAUGGUCUAGCCACAGCAGCGUUAAGCACGGCACUCUUCAACGACGGGUACACAUGCGGGGCUUGUUUUGAGAUCAUGUGCACCAAUGAUCCACAAUGGUGUUUGCCCGGAUCCAUCAAGAUCACCGCUACGAAUUUCUGUCCACCAAAUUACACCAAAACCACAGAUAUUUGGUGCAACCCACCACAGAAACAUUUUGAUCUCUCCCUAGCCAUGUUCCUCAAGAUCGCCAAGUACAAAGCUGGGGUUGUCCCAGUUAGAUACAGACGUGUUCUUUGUAGGAAAACCGGUGGUGUCAAGUUUGAAACCCAAGGAAACCAAUACUUCUUAAUGAUCUUGCCAUACAAUGUAGGAGGAGCCGGAGAUAUCAAGUACAUGCAAGUUAAGGGAAACAAGACAGGGUGGAUAACAAUGAGAAAGAACUGGGGACAACACUGGACCACUGGUGUUGUACUGACCGGCCAAGCUUUAUCGUUCAGGGUUACGACGAGUGAUGGGAUUACAAAAGAUUUUUGGAAUGUGGUGCCAAAGAACUGGGGAUUUGGACAGACUUUUGAUGGAAGGAUUAAUUUUUAGGAGAAUGCUUUGAGUUUUGUUAACGGUGGCAUACCACAAAA